AUGGCCAAAAGAAUUGCAUUCAAAGUCCACGGCAAAGUGCAGGGUGUCGCGUUUCGUGACUUUACCCAGAGGAAAGCCUCGAGCUAUGGCCUCACAGGCUUCGUCUCGAAUACCUCGGAUGGAAAGGUUGCCGGUGAAGCGCAAGGUGAUGAGGAAGCACUAAAGAAACUGAAGGCGGAUCUAGACUCAGGACCUCGAGCAGCCCACGUGGUCAAACUCGAAAUCAACGACAUUGGUGUCAAAGAGGGAGAGAAGUCGUUCGAGGUCUCAGCAUGA